GGGGCAGGGCCAUGGGAUGUGCACAUGAGUGUGACACCCAUGGAGGCCAGAGGUGUCAGAUCCCUUGGAACUAGAGUUACAGGCUACUGUGAGCCAUGCCAGUGUGAGGGCUGGGAGGUGAACCCAGGUCCUCUGGAAGGUGCUAUGCCACCUCUCCGGUUCUCUUUGUGUCUUUUUAAAAAACAUUGAUUACAUGAUUUUUUGUGUGCAUAUCCUGGUCGAAACAUGUGUAGGAGGGAGAGGACAGCUUCCAGCUGCUGGUUCCUCCUUCACAGGACCCUGGGGACUGAACUCAAGUCACCAGGCCUGCACGGCUUUACCUGCUGAGCCGUCUGGCUGGCCUCUGUUCUUUAGCCAGUUUUACAGUCAGCUUGUCUUCUCGUGGCGUUGUGUAAGUGUUAAGGACUGGAGUCACUCACAGCAUCUGUUGUCUUGAACGUUUGGCAUCUGCAGACGCUCAGAAUUUCCCUCCGACGGCAUUCAUCUGUCUGCAGAAGCACAGGCUUUCCUUCUGACGGCAUUCGUCUGUCUGUUUCUCUUUUAGCUGUUUGGUUUUUCCUAUUACAUCUAAGACAUCUUCGCCUAAUCAGGGCCAUGAGUAUAUAUACAGGUUUCCUUCUAAACGCUAAUAGUUUUAGACCUGACAAUAGGUCUAUAAAGGAUCAACUGUGAGUUGAUAUAUUUUUUUUAAUAUGGUGUGAACAAGGGUCUGGGUUCCUCCUCUUUGAGUGUGGGUACCUAACUGUCAGAGAACCAUUUUGUUAAAAACAAAAAACCCAAGGGGUGGGGGAGAACAGGAUUCUUUUCCAUCCUGGAUUGCCGUUCCUUUGAAAGAAAACCUCAGUUCCUGAGGUGAGGGUCCUGACUUCCUCUGGUGCUCUCCUUUUGGCCGCCAUGCUGGUUGGUAGGCUGGUAGGUGUAAUAGCUGCUGCUGUUUUAAGAACAUGGUUCUAAUUGCCUGGUGUGGCGCAAGGAGCUCUUGCAAGGACAUAUGCAUCCACAUCAGCGAUGGUGUGACUAGCAGUGGCUGGUCAAAGGCCUUGGUGGUCUACCCCGUCAGAGAGGGCCUGCUGACCUCUUUCUAGGUAUGUAAUCUGGCUCCAGUGUUCCCCUGGCUCCUUGCCUCAGCUUCCCCAUCUGUGAACCUUGGGUGGUAAUAGCACUUUUCCUCCCAGGGCUGUUCAGGAAAAAAAAAAAAAUCUGUGCUGUAAAUGGCUGUACAUGCCUACAAGCUCAGCCCUCCAGGGGUUGAGACAGGAAGAUUCCAAGUUCCAGACCAACCUGGGUACUUAGGGCGAGCCCCAGCUCAAAAAAGGAAACCAGCACGAUGGCUGCCUGGUGCACAGAGGAGCCUGAACUGUGACGUUAGCAGUAUGGGACAUGCUGAGCUGCUUUCUGAUGGCUGUGGCUGACACUGGCUUAAGCUGCUCAGCCUGCUUCUGUUCGGACUGAAGGAAAGGGCAGUUGGGGGCUCUCCUUGCAGGUGUGACUCUAUCCCCUUGAGAAGCGCAGCUUCUCUAGGAAGGUCUGGGCAAUGCUCAGGCCCUUCUGGUGUCACAGAGAUACCCAGCCCCCUGAUAAUAUCAGUGGCAAGCUGAGCUUUGUGAGGUAGCAUAAUGCCUCCUCCUCUCUGUCUGGUGUGUAUGAGAUCUGUGAAGCAAGCACGGGCUCCCUCCCACACACCUGCCUGCUUAUGUACCCUGUUCUUAUAGACAGGCACACAGACGUGUAUGUGGCUGCAUCUCUGUGUGGUUUUUACUGAUUUCAUGUGGCAAGAAUGCAUGUAUGUACAUACCCCUUCAUGCACACCCCUGCUCUUAGACAGACAGGUAUGUGACACAGAUGUAACUCAUAAGCAUGCAUCCGUAUACACAGGCCCCUGCGUACACCCUGCCUGCAGCUUCUUCUGCCCCUUCAUCCUUCACCUACAAGCAGCUCUGUCAGCACAGGCCAGGCUACCCUGCUCUUAUUCCCACCUAUCCUUCCCCUGGUUUGUUCUCAGCUGCUCCUUUGUGGACUGCCCCCCACACACACACCUAAGUCCUAACCUUGCCUCCUGGGGUGCAGGGUUCUUAGUCGCGGGGCCACCCUGUGCCUUUCUGGAUGUUUAGUAGCAUCCCUGGCUUGUCCCCAGCUGCAGAUUGCAAUGUAGCACCGCCUAUGAUGUGAUGACAAAAAUCAUCUCCAGACAUUACCAGAUGCCCUCUGCAGUCAUACCCUGUGAAACAUGCAUACCAGGAGUCAGGGAGAGGGUGCCAGUGGGCAGAGGUGGGGGACAGAUCUGGUGGUCGUGUUUUUUAGUGUAUCCCACGCUGAGAGUCCCAUGUACACUUGUCUCCGAGGCCUUGCCCACUUUUCCCUCCAGCUGUCCGAAGUGGCCCGUGCCCUCCUGGCUUUGUAGGUUUGCCUUGAAUCUCUCGCCUUUCUGUGGGUGCCCCAGGCCCUGCAGCUUCUGCUGCUGGCCACAGCCGCCUUUGCUUACAAGUGUGUCUGCAAAACUCACAGAAAUGCAGAGAGACACGGAGCAAGCAUCCCUGCCAAGUUCCUCCUCUGAGGAAGGCUUGGUUUUGAGGCAGAAGCCCACGACGAUGCAAGUCCGGGACAAGGGCGACGUCACCCUGCAGCAGUGGAAAGAGCAGCAGCUGCAACGCCUGGCUGAAGAGCUGAAGGCAGAGUGGCAGGGGGCCCGGCUGCACGAGGUCAGAGACAUGGAGCGCCUCUACGUAGCCCAUCUGUUGGAUGAAGCAACAGGGAGGGCCCUGGGACACGACCUCAACUCGGACGAACUCUACCAGAGAAGAACAGCAAGACAUAUGAGGGCUAAGGAGAGAAGCAGAGCAGCCUUUAGAGGGGAGAAGGGCCGCAGGGAAGAGCACCCCAGGCACCACCACAAGUCUCGGAAAAAAGCAACGUGCUCACAGAGACGGGGUUCUACCAAAGCCCGGCGCCCAAACUCCAGUGAGAAGGGUAAAGGGAAGCGGGUAUCUUCAAGUAAGAGCAACGGUGGCUACCAGCCCUUGGGCCCUCGGGCCAGCAGAGCGGCAGACCUGGCAAAGCUCAACCCACUAUUAAGUAGUGCUGAGGAAAUUGAGUGCAUGGAGGAAGUACAGAAGGAAAUAUCCCGGGAGGGGAGGCGACUCAUAGGAAGGGAAACAUCACGCUUUACUCAGAUCAUAAACUACAACUCCAAGGACCGGUAUCUGAGGGACAAAACACCUGACCUGGAAGAGCCCCUCAGCUCCACCUUCAAGCAGGAGGCCACACCCCAGGUGUCUCAAUGCAAAUGCGGCGGUAAGAAUCAGUGGCACAAAGAGAUUGAGUCUGCCUUCGAAGAAUUGUUUAACACAAACAGAAAGCUGAAGAAACAACUGAAUUUACACCUUGUACAGAGGCUCAAGGCAAACUGGAAUCCAGACGAACAGCAGAGCUACUUAGAUACUCAGGGUGAGAACAGCGACACCCUGAAAGAGGAAAGAGCAGUGGAGACAGAAACUGUUGAUUCUGGGAGCCCAGUGGAGCCGAAGGUCCGUGAGACAUGGUCCAAAAACAGUCUGAAAGAGUUGCUAAGUGAGGUCGAGUACCCCAGGUACCAACAAAUGGCAAAGUACCCAUUAAAGAGUGAGAGCAUGAUGGUGCCUGUUCCCAAGGCAGAACCACCCGGCGAACAAGAUGACUUGUUCUCAGGAAGCCCACUGUCAGAACAGGAGCCGCCCAAGCCAGCCGAAGUGGAGGAGAAACCGGUAGACUCUGUAGCAAGCUGGAUAGCUUUGAGGAGGAAGAAGGCAGAGCUGGAGCAGAGAAGGCAGAAGACACUGCUGGAGAUGACAGAACACCCGGACAUGAGCUUGGAGAUCCACUACCACCCGGAGCUGGAGGAAGAACGCAGGGAGCGCCGGAGGAUGCGCUUGGCCAUCCUCAAGUCUUACUCCACUGGGGCCCAGCCCCCAGGCUCUAACCACAACAUUUCCCUGGACAGCUGCCUUCUUGAUGAGGAAAAACAGAACCAGAUGAUCCACGACCUUCAGCAGCACAUUUUAGAGCAAAGCAAUUUACACAAGCAGUUUUUGGAAAAAGCCAGGAAGCGCUUGCAGGAGUUUCAGAAAACAUUUUAAAGGCAGACCCACCCGUGAUAAAUACAUCCCUGAAGGCCGAUUUGCCUGCACCAUGCCUGUGUCUCCUAAGUCUGUUUGUUCGCGAUCUCGGCAGACUCCUGCCUCAGAAGCAGCAGGAUCCUUGUGGUCCUGAGAAUGUGUCUAGCUUGUGUUCUGCAGACAGAGUCUGUUUUUAUGGGCUGUGGGUACUCAUGGAAACCCCAGGUAAAAUGGUCUCUUCAGAUGGUUUAGCCAAACACUGGGCUUUUAAGGGCAUUCGGGGUCAGAUAGGCAUGGUUUCAAAAGAUACGUCAUUGGUUGCCUGGCCUCUAGCUGAGACAAUGUCAGAGCCAUUAGCUAAAACCUCUCUCCUUUAGGAGAACAAAAACAAACACAAAAGCAACAGUGUUUAACAGUAUGUGCAUUCUUAGAACCUUUACUGGUAGGGGGCAGGCAAGCCCAACCCUGCUGGGUGACUCCAUCUGGAGCCAGUGCUGAUGUGGGGUCUCUGUGGGAGAGGAGAGACCCGGGUGUUGAGUUCCCUGAUCGUAGCUUUUCAGACUCUGAACCAGCAGCCCUGGCUGUGGGAAACACAUGCCGGCUAGGUGGGGAUCAACAGACUUUCUCUGCAGGGCGUAGAGGGUGAAUGCCCUCGCUUGGCCAGCUGGCGUCUGGCCACCACCCAACUCUCCUUCUGCGGCCUCAGAGCAGCUGAGGAAGGGCUAGGCUGUGGCCUAGAGGAGGCGCAUAGAAUGCUCCAUAGGAUGCAUGAGGCCCCACGUU